AUUCUUUAAGUAACCGUUCGACGUCAAGUUUGUUAAAUAUUUAUUUUGAGUGUGCCUUUAAGUUAUUUUUAUUCCAAACACAUCAAAAUUUGCCCCUCUCUCGAGCCCCUCACGGAGAUCUUGAAAGAUCUGGUUUUGAUUGAGCAGUUUUGAAAAAUCUAUCAAAACGGAGCACGUUUAUCCCCCAUCACAUCCCAGGUCUAUGCUAUAUAAACCUGAGUGUUCUAAAUACCGUACAACCACUAUGCAGGAAGCUCUAAUUCCUAUGGGCAGACCUGCACCAUCUCCACCGCCUGAACCAAGAGCUCCUUCACCAACCCAAGCGGCUGUACCAGAAUAUCAGGAACUAGAAGAGGAAGAAAUGAAGCGUUUACCGAUGUUAAUAUCUAGUUAUAAAAUCGUAGUACCGGCUGAGGCUACAAAGGACGUACUGUCUGGUAGAGUACCUUACAUUCUGGUUGAAGAUGAAGGAGUUACAAUCUUUAAGCCCGUUCAUAUGUUUGCUGCUCUAAAACUGAAGAAGGAAACGAUUGAACAUCUUGAAGAUUACAAAUGUAUUGGAGCACACGAGAGAUUUUUGGAAAAACGGCCCAAGAAGAGAGUAGGGCUAGGAUAUAGAAGAAAAUAUAUUUCUCCAGAAUUGAUUGGAAGAGGAAUUUUUGUAAGUUAUGAUUUUAAAAUUGUAGAAUUCUCUAUUUAUCAUGAUGAGUUUCCACAGCAUUACAAUUAUUACAUUAUAGUUUGUUUCAACCAUCACGCGCGGGAAAAUGACAUUAUUGACGCUGUUACUAUGUUACUGUUACUACAAUUAACACUAGACUCUUAUAAAACAAAAACAUCUAUACCCAAAUCAUAUUCAAUUAGUUCAGCGAUUAUAUCCUGGAGAUGAAAUCCAUAGGUUGGAAUUUGUAGAUGGAUUAACAAUCAUCCACCAAUGCUGUACAGGACAUUGUGUACAGGUGAAGUCCAAUUUACAAGAGAUGGGAUAAAUUAUUCCUUGAAUCCAAAAAUCCACAGUAAAUUAAUAUAAAAGAGGAGUUGACACUGUUUAGUACCUACAUGAUGUAUUCUACUCUAUAUAUAUGUAAAGAAAAAUAUAAUUUUCUUUUGCGUGUUAUUUUGCCGUAAGUCCGUUUGUGACAGAUGAUCUGUCACUGUCAUCGAUGGGAAGCAGGGCAUAACCUCGAAUGUCGUAUUGUGUGAUUGUGUGCUGGAAAACAAUUUCAUUUUUAAGUUUAUUUUAAUUUGUGAUUUUGGAACAGACAUUGUUAAUAAUAACAUUAAAUGUCGUUUCUUUUCUUACAGGUAUGAAAUAUUUGUUUAGUACUAAAUAGGUGCAUACUUUUGUUUCAUGUAAUUUUUAGUUUACAUGUUAAUAACAAUAAAUCGCUUUUCUUACAGAGAAACACAAUUGUGUUUGAUUGACUGUGUCACCAAAACCACAGAUAUAUUGGAAAUUGUCUUAUAUAUAUGGUAGAAGUUCCUCGUGACUUACUCUGUAUAACUGGACAAAAAAUUAAUAUAAUAGACUUCACAACUGAAGCAAUAAAAUAUCAAAAACAUUUAUAAUUUGGUUAUAUGUAUACGUUAAUUUUCUAUUUAAAUAAUAAAAUUUGUAUCUCAAAAAUAAAAUGUAUUCUAGAACUA